AGUUUUUCCUCUAAUUGGGUUUAUCUUGAUGCCCGGGUGUCGAAGAGGCGUUUGCAAUUCUUUCUUCUUGUUGCUGCUUUAGCUAAUACUUUUCUCUUUUCCGGAAAACAAAGCAUCUAAUACAGGCGGUAUGCUUUUCGACGGAGCGGAAGAGAAGGAUGUCGAGUAAUAAUGGCGAAAAGACGAUACCGCCGUUGUUCGUGCUUUCCGAACAUUCCAGCUCGGUGCUUUGUUGUGAUUUCUAUCCCUCCAGAUUGUAUCACCGAGAGCAAUCCAGCUGGCUUCUCUCCGGGGAUGUUGAUGGCACUGUCGUACUGUGGAAUUUGUUGACGCGUCGUCCUCUGGCGUCGUUCUCUGUUUUAGAAGAGGCGCGUCGCCAGCUUCUUGAUGGUGCUCAGAAAAGCAAAGACAAGCGAGAGGGGAAGCGAAGCAAAGAUGCCACCGGUCAUAAGCCGGAUGCGGCGCUCCACUCACUUUUUUCUGCAUUAGGCCCACAUAGUCGGAGCGUGAUAUCCGUUGGCUUCAUCCCGAUCACUGUAGCACGUUCUGCGUUGCACGACGGUAUCGCUGCUCCUCGUGCCACGGAAGACCUCUCAUUGAACCAAGCACCACAGCAACAGUCCGAAAAGACGGCAGAGAAGGAUGCAGCUGACUCCUCUCCGGUUAUCGCGCUGUACACACCGAAAUGCGCAUUCGAGGGGCCGCAACGACAGCGCUUUCGGCUGACUCGCCGCACUUCGUCGCGCCCACCUGCAACGACGUAUUCUUCUCCAGUCGUUGGGGCCACGACUCACCAGACAUCGCUACAGCCACCUGCGACAUCACCAUCUGGCGUUUGCUUCUAUACGCAUUGCCGCGAUCAGUGCGUGUAUAUCUGGUCGAUUUCUUUGCCAUGCACUUGUUCAGCCAGUACUACCUCGUCUCUGCGACUCAUGGCAGCGCUGACUGCUCCGCAGCACGGCUUCUGUCCCGUGGAAAGUGUCACGACAGUCGACGACGGAUCGUCACGGACGUAUCUGGCUGUUCCUCAUGACUCGCACGGUGAGAUCACUAUAUGGGAGUUAGAAUGGAGUGAAAAACAGGACAACGCUCCUUACCGAUCAGAGGACCGUGGGCCAACCACGAUUGGGGACUCCGUGGUGACAAAUGCAACCUCCACGUCAGACAACAGCGAAGAGGAAAGCGACGAUGCUGAAGAAGUGGACACCACAGGGAUGACUCCGAUGGACGCGCUAAUUGCUCGUGCCGCUGCACAGGAGCAACGUGAAGAAAAACGGCACAAGACUCCGCGGAAAAACGACUCAAAUAUUCAUACUGCGACCGAGAGUGAUGAACGCCAAAAUCAGCCCCAAAGCCGCCGCCAUGUGACCCCUGACGCCAUCGUAACCAAGACUGAGCGUGCUUCUUUUUUGUGUUUUGUGGCGCCAUUUGCGACGACGGCAGCAUGUGGCUUUUCUGUAAGGCGUCUUUGCAGCUUUUCUGCAUGUCCGCAUUUUAAAGGAGGCAUCAUCAUGCGUCUUACGAUGUGUGCGGACGGCCAACACCUUGCGGUAGCCUUUGAAAGCGGUCACGUGGCUCUCGCGCGCUUCCGCGUCUCAGCUGAGAAAAAUAACGAAGGCUGCACAGAUGUAGGUGCCGCCGAAGGUGAUUUUUUUGAACGCAAUGCCGGCUUUCAACGCGCAAAAGUGACACCAUCGUGUGCGAGCGUGCGAUGCGCUGUUCGUGCCUUUGCCGAGUCCGCCUUGGCAUGCUGGUGGAGCGGGCGGCGUGUGUUGGCCUGCUCUGCUGAGGGUGGGCUUCACUGCUAUGAGGUUGCCUUCGCGCCACACGAGAGCGUUUCUGACGCACCGUCUUGUGCGACGGACGGUCUGCUUCAACUGCAACUGCUGUGGAGUGUCACGCUUCGCAAAGGGAUCGGCAGCGUGUGCAUGCAAGCGAAUCUAGUCGUCACAGGUUGUUGGGACAGCACGUUGCGGCUCUACGACGCCCGCGACGGGCGACUCGUGAGCAUUUUGAGCUACCAACAGGAAACGAUUAACGAGGUCCGCAUGACACCGUCGGCCGUUGCACGCGUAGCGGCCUUCGGCUUUGACGCCCGUCAGCCACGCUGCUAUGCGGCAACGCCCGCGUUCUUGGCACUUGCGGGCACUCAGGGUGGCAGCGAAGGCGCAUCCUCUUCGAUUGAUUGCGGCCACGAUGAAAACGGAUCCGCCGUCUCGUUCACCUGCGCUGAUCGCAAACAAAACACUUUCACGCCAGAUCACGCGGACGGAGACGAGGAGCUUGUGUAUGUGUUUGCGUCCGCAAGCAAGGAUGGAACUGUGGCUUUGUGGCGUAUUGACAUGCAACUGAUUGUGGAAACGGCUGCUCUGAAAGUUAUCUCGACUUAA